AUUAGUUCACCGGCGUUAAAAAUCUGGUGCAUUGAUGCCCAGGGACACACGGUGCACUUAAGAAUCCAAUCUUACUAAAAAACCUCCAAAGCACCCAAGACUCUCUCUUCCUCUCUCUGUAAUCUCUGAAGCUUCUGGAUUAUUUAGGUGAAGGGUACAUGUUUCAGAACUAUUAAUUCAUGAGGCAGGGUGUUCUGCAAUGGAUUUCAAGCAAGAAGAGAUUAAGUCUGUAACUAUGGACCCUACAACUAAGGGGAUCAAGGAUUCAUCUGUUAAGAUGAAGGUGUUGUUCUUUGCCAGGGCUCGGGACCUCACUGGCCUCACUGAGAUGCCAUUGGACGUAUCAUCUGGUAGUACAGCCAAUGAUUGUUUAAAUAAGCUCAUUUCCAUUUUUCCAAGCUUGGAAGAGAUCCGUGGGUGCAUGGUGCUUGCUCUUAAUGAAGAGUACACAACUGAGUCGGCACUUGUUAAAGACAAAGAUGAGUUGGCCAUUAUACCUCCAAUCAGUGGGGGCUAAAUGCAUCUGAUGUAACCAGGCACACAAUCCAAGGUUAUUAGGACAUUGUAUGAUCUUGUGCUUAUUUGUACAAAACUAUGAAUAAAAAGGAAUACCAAAUAGAUUAUCCGCUGUUGGUUUUAAUUCUGAGCAACACGGAGAAUAAAGUGCCGAUGCGUUUGCUAAAGCAGUUGUGCAGGAUCAUUGUGCUAUUUUCUGUUCACAACCAUCUGUUUACUAUUUCAAAGCUGCCCCUUAUAGCUA